GUUGUUUAAAAAUGGCCGCCCCCCCAACGCCGAAAACUAUUGCCGCAGCCGUUGCUCAAGGAAACUAUACCGCUAUUCAACAGCUGAUUGCCAAUAAUCAUGAUGUAAACAAACGAUCUCCUGAUGGAAUGACUCCACUAGGCCUAGCAGCUUUUUGGGGUUAUUCCGAUAUUGUUAGUUUGCUUUUACAGUCAAAUGCUGACAUCAAUGGAACAAAUGCGGGAACAAACUGGACUCCUCUGCAUUGCGCCGCUUUUCAAGAUCAUGGAAAAGUUAUUAUGAAAUUAAUGGAAUACAAUCCUAGAGUAGAUAUUAGAGAUCAUCAGGGAAGAACGGCUGUUGAUUUUGCAUCAGCACUUGAUUCAAUAUGGCCAUUUUUUGCUGGUACUAUUAUUUUAUUACCGUUUAAUACUAUGCUUAUACUUAAUUUAAUGAUUUUAGCGAGAAAUUGUAAAAGAACACACAAAUCCGAACUUUUAAGAAUGAAUAUAAUUACUAAGGUCAGUUGUUGAUAUCGUAUUAUUUUAAAUUGAGAAUUUUUCUCUACGUUUCCAAAAAUACAUUCCGUUAUUUUUUUGCAAUUUAAUUCUCUGUUAACUACUCCACAGCUUUCCAGUCAAGAAGAGGAAGCAGUGCCAUCAAAUCAACAAACGUAUUUUUCCCGACCAGGAUCGGCUUACGUUUUCAGGGAUCCACUUUCUGGAGAAGCUCGACGAUAUAAUAAAAAUCAAGUUUGUUACACUGUUUCUUUUUGUUUUGAAAUAUUGAUUAUAAAAAUUUAAGGAGGCUGCCGCAAUGACUGGUGAUGUUCUUGCCGACAUAAACGAAGGAGUUGGAGAGAUACAACGAGAAACCCAAAGAUUGAAAAUAUGGAGCAAUUAAUGAAAAUAGUUAUUUGAAAGAACAGACAUUUUCCACAUAGGAUAUUUUUUAUGUCUAGGCACGCGUUUUGACUUAAUGUUAGCUUUAAUUUCGUGAGUCCUUACAGUUUACAAUACUACUUUUUUUUGUUACGUGAUUUACCCUUUGUUAAUAUGUUUACUUCAAAUUGGAAGUAAUUAAUUUUAGUUGAUAGCAAAUUCUAGUAAUAGUUUAAAUAUAAAAAAAUUGUAUUCAAUUCUCUUUAAGCAAAAAAACUAUCCUUCAAGAUGAG